CGCUGGGUGGGGGCCGCCCCGAGCCGCGCCCCCUGGCCCGCCGCCGGCGGAACCUCCGCGCCGCGCGCAUCGGGAGCGGUACUUGUGCUCCCCGCUCCGCCGAGGGGCGGAGGCAGCCAUGUCGCUAUUGUCUCCGCUGGUGCCCUUGCUGAGGGUGUACUACUCCGGCCUCGCCGUCAUCCUGCACCAGCUACGCCGCCGCCUCCGCUCGCGUUGCCCCCCGACCCCAGUUUUCCCUACACAAAAUGGAAAAGUUGCUAUAGUGACUGGAGGUGCUAAAGGAAUUGGUUACCAUACUGUGAAGCAUUUGGCAAGACUUGGCAUGCACGUUAUAAUAGCUGGAAACAGCGAGAGAGAAGGCCAAGAAGCGGUGAGGAAAAUAAAAGAAGAAACUUUGACUGGAAAAGUGGAGUUUUUAUACUGUGAUUUGGCUUCCAUGAAGUCUAUUCGGCAAUUUGUGCAGCAGUUUAGAGCAAAGAAUUGUCCACUCCAUGUGCUGGUGAAUAAUGCGGGGGUGAUGCUGGUCCCUGAAAGGCAGACAGAGGAUGGGUUUGAGGAGCACUUCGGCUUGAACUACUUGGGACACUUCCUGCUGACUAACCUCCUCUUGGAUACGCUGAAGCAAUCAGGAACGCACAGUCACAGCGCUAGGAUCGUCACUGUCUCAUCAGCCACCCAUUAUGUAGGCGAAUUGCACCUGGACGACUUACAAAGCAGAUGUUCGUAUUCACCCCAUGGAGCCUAUGCCCAAAGCAAACUUGCCCUUGUGUUAUUUACCUAUCGACUACAGCAUCUUCUGACUGCAAAUGGAAGCCAUGUGACUGCUAAUGUAGUAGACCCUGGAGUAGUGAAUACUGAGCUCUACAAGCAUGUCUUUUGGGUUGUAAAAGUGGUCAAAUGGAUGACUGCCUGGCUAUUUUUCAAGACUCCAGAAGAAGGAGCCUCUACAACCAUCUAUGCAGCAGUAUCACCUGAGAUGGAAGGAGUUGGCGGCUGUUACCUUUACAAUGAGGAAAGGACAAAAUCAGCUGACGUAGCAUAUGAUGAGGAGCUGCAAAGAAGGCUCUGGACAGAAAGCUGCAAGAUGGUUGGGAUUUCUGAUGAAUCCAGCAGAGCUCCCUAGAAGAAGCCACUUCCAGCUGAGUAAAUGAAAUAUAUUGGCAAGCAUCUAAGGUGAAUUCUUGCAGCAUCAGUCAUCAUCCUGGAAAUCACCGUUCAGUCCCAAAGGCAAACAUGAACAGCUCUGUUCUUCACUGAAACCCCUAGUCUGCUAGGGUGUAGGGGGAGUAUUCCCACAGAAAGAUGUACGUGGUUGGUUUUAAAUCUAACCAUCAGUUUUGUAAAUCAUGAUGUUUCAGUCCGUGAUUAAAAUACAAUCUUUAACCUUG